UUUGUCUUUUUCUCUUCCAGCUCUACUGAGGCCUGAGCAAUGUGUGACCAGACCUUCCUUACUGUUCUCUUUGGCCCCUGUGCCAAAUGCAGCCGGGAGAGACCAUUACGGACCAUUUACAUCAAAGCUCAACCCGUGACUCUCUGCUCACUAUGUGUGGAAUUGAUGGCAACCGAAGGCUUGCAGGAGAAUGAAACCCUGGCCUCCCUGAAGAAUGAAGCGGAGAGUCUGAAGGGGAAGCUGGAGGAAGAGAGAGCCAAGCUGCAUGAUGUUGAAUUACAUCAAGUUGCAGAACGUGUGGAGUCCCUGGGCCAGUUUGUCAUGAAAACAAGGAGGACAUUGAAGGGUCAUGGCAAUAAAGUUCUCUGCAUGGAUUGGUGUAAAGACAAGCGGAGGAUUGUGAGCUCAUCCCAGGAUGGAAAAGUGAUUGUGUGGGAUGCUUUUACAACAAACAAGGAGCAUGCAGUUACCAUGCCCUGCACCUGGGUAAUGGCCUGUGCCUAUGCGCCAUCUGGGUGUGCCAUUGCAUGUGGGGGUCUGGACAAUAAGUGCUCUGUGUACCCUCUGACAUUUGAUAAGAAUGAAAACAUGGCUGCCAAAAAGAAGUCAGUGGCUAUGCAUACCAACUACCUGUCUGCUUGCAGCUUUACUAACUCGGAUAUGCAGAUCCUGACAGCCAGUGGAGACGGUACAUGUGCUCUCUGGGACGUGGAAAGUGGACAGCUGCUGCAGAGCUUUCAUGGACAUGGUGCUGAUGUUUUGUGUCUGGAUCUGGCACCUUCUGAAACAGGAAAUACCUUUGUGUCUGGAGGAUGUGACAAGAAAGCUAUGGUUUGGGACAUGAGGACUGGCCAGUGCAUUCAGUCAUUUGAAACUCAUGAAUCUGAUAUCAACAGCGUCAGGUAUUACCCCAGUGGAGAUGCCUUUGCCUCGGGAUCUGACGAUGCCACGUGCCGUAUGUAUGAUCUUCGGGCAGAUAGAGAAGUCGCAAUCUAUUCUAAGGAAAGCAUCAUAUUUGGAGCAUCGAGUGUGGAUUUCUCCUUGAGUGGUCGCUUGCUGUUUGCUGGAUACAACGACUACACAAUCAAUGUUUGGGAUGUUCUGAAAGGCAGUAGGGUGUCCAUCUUGUUUGGUCAUGAGAACAGAGUCAGCACUCUCCGUGUGUCUCCUGAUGGGACUGCAUUCAGCUCGGGGUCAUGGGAUCACACUCUAAGGAUCUGGGCAUAAUGCACAAAUGUGAAGAAAUAUCUGCGGUCCCGCAGCUUGGCAAUUAUAUCACAGGUUUUACCUUGUGUUAUACGAUAAGAGUUGAAAUUUAAGAUUAGAUGCUGGUUGUUGCAGAACUAUGUAGAAAACAGGAUGGAUGCCACAAAAAUAGAGCUAAAUGAAGAAAUCCUUAUUUAUAUAUUGGUGGUCAAACCUGGAGAGUCCACCCAACACUCAUCACUUUCUAUUAUAGUAGGCUUCUCUGUCAGGAGGGUCAGUGUACAUAAGUGCUAGUUGCAUUUCCAUUAGCGAGAUCUGGUAAGGCUUUACAUUUUUUUUUAAAUUUCAUACAUGCAAAGAUCACCAUUCUGUUCUACAAAAUGAUUACUGAAGACAUCGUCAAUGUAUCUGCACUCAAUAUUGAUGGCAAUCAUCCCUUGUUUACAAGUGAAAAAAAGGGAAUUUGCUAAAGCUUUACUAGACCAGUGAACCUGUACUAGCUUUAGUGCUAACUGUUGUAACUUACCUUAAGAGUACACUACACUAUAACCAAAACUGAAAAUUUAACCUUGAGAUGCAUACCGAGAACUCUGCCUACCUGUUCAGUUUUCAGGCAUUGCUGUGGUUCAACAAGUCAUCUGGAGAUCUGGGAACCCCUGUUUAUAAUGCACAAUACUAUUUCCCAAACAUACCCUUUGCAGGCUCCUUGCCAUCUCUUACAUGCAGAAAACUUGGAGUAUAAAAUGUCAGUACUUAGAUGUUUCUUAAGAAUAGCUUCACACUAAUGUAAGUUGGGAACGUGGGCAUAAUCCUGUGUAUUUUCGACCCACACUGAGAUGCCCAAAACAAUAAAAGAUAGUAACGCUCAAGUGCCCCCCAAAUCUGUGUCAAUUUAGAUCAGCAUGUGAAUAGGCUGGUGCAAAACAGACAGGAUCCGCUUGUCAGGCACUAGUAGACAAAGUGGUGCCCGUCUGGUGCCAUUAUUCUUAAUGGUACUAUCACACAUCCGCAUCCUUAGCAUGGUUUUACACUGUAUAGUGCCAACCAUGUGAUUGGGUGCUGCAUGAUUUGAAAAAAACGGAUCAGUGACUUCUUUCCCCGCAUUUCUCAUUUAAAAUAAAUAAGCUGCUGUACCCGUGACGUGUGUGCGCAAACGUGCCGCACUGCCAUGAACCAAGGCUAAGCUGGCCAUAGAUAAAUUGAAGUUCAGCUAGUUCAGUAAAGAUCAGAUGAAUUGUGAUUCAUCAAUGGCCACUGCUGCUUGAUAGAAUUUGAUUGUUAGAAUGAAACGGAAAAUUUUCAUUCGAUCAGCUGCUGCAGCCAAUCGGCUUCAGUGCUGAUCAGUUUAUUCUGACAGCAGAGGAGUCCCCACUUUUUGAAUGGGGGAAUCUGUGUAGAUUAGUCCACUGGUUGAUCAAAAAAAAAACUGAUUCAUCUAUUGGCCAUAGAGUCUUACCAUCCUCCAUUAGACUCAAACUUGCCAUUGAAGUCUGAAUAUAUUUAGUAAUAUGGAAGCAAAGAGAGAGAGAAAGCUGAACAAAAUGUAGUUUUCGCACAGCUGCAGAGUUUGUUGAUUUACUAAAGGCAAACAGAUUUUC